AUGGAGAAGUUCAAGAAACUCCACCCUCCGUCUUUCUCUAAGGUUGAAUCAGAUUCACUACAGCCUGAGAGGUGGAUUAGCACCCUAGAGAAGGCUUUUGAAGUGCUAGAAUGUACCAAUGCCCAAAAACUAAUAUGCGUUGGGUACCAGUUGCAAAAUGAAGCCGCGGCAUGGUGGAAAUCAGCUCGGCCAAAUCUCGAGGCAACUCAUCCUGACCCAACAUGGGACAAGUUCAAAGAAGUGUUCUUCAAGAAUUACUUCCCUAAGAGCCUUAGAGAUAGAAAGGAAGCAGAGUUCUCUGUCCUUACGCAAGGAUCAAAGAUAGUACUGGAAUACCAACAACGGUUUGAAGAUCUGCUCCAUUUUACACCAGAUCACUUGAGGAAUGUGGUAACCAAGACCAAGAAGUUUGAGAAAGGACUCAAACCUGAAAUAGGGGCUAUGUUGUCAAUUAUGGAGAUUUAA